UUUAGGAAUAAUUACUGAAUUUACAAUUAUUUAAAUACUGUAUAUGUGGAAAAUAAAUAUUUAUUUUCAAUUCUUUGGGAAGCUGUCAUUACCAGUUGUGAAAACAGCUCAAUCAUUUCACAAUUGAUGUUUUGAAAAUUGGUAACAUAUUUUUCUUUUGAACUUUAUUUUUGUUAGCACCAAAUUGCAAUUUAUUAUCAUUAUUUGUAAUAUAUUAUCUGCACUGAAUAUCUUACAAGCUUAAACAGAUUCAUAAAAUUUAGCACUGCAGAACAAUUAAAUCAAAUUCAAUUAUAUUGUGACUGAAAAACAUUUUACUUGUAUCAAUGAGCCACUACAGUUGCUUAGUUUACUAAAAUAAAAUCAAUUCUGAGUUUUAGUUUUUGUACUUAUCAUUUUACAACUCAUAGUGGUUCAUAUACUACAGUAAAUUUUACGAAAUCAAUAAAGCAUGUACUUAUGUAAGAUAUCGAUUACGAAGAAAACAGUUCCGGAAUUCUGUACAAUCUCUUGAAACAUAUGACGCAAAAAUGCGUUGCAUAAGUGGUCUAUUUCGUACUUUGUCGUAUUAGUUUAUUGCUGUUAAUUUUGUAAAACAACUAUGCUAUAGAAGAUAUGUAUACAUAUAAAUAUUUUGUUCUACAAGGUUUUUUUACAUAACCUUAAAGAAUACUGUAAAGUACUGGUACUUUAAAUAAAGAAAUAUAAUUGUUCAUUGUUUCAAAGAUAAUAGUUAACAAUAUGCCUCAAAAAAAGAAAGUAUUAAUGGUAUGUUUAGGAAAUAGUUGUCGUUCUCCAAUAGCAGAAGCAGUAUUUAAUGUUCAGCUAGAAAAAUUAAAUCUUCGUGAUUUUUGGGAAGUAGAUAGUGCUGCUCUUUUAGAGUAUCAUGUAGGUAAUGACCCAGAACCUAGAGCUAUGUCUGUACUUAAAAAGAGAGGCAUUACACAUUAUACUCACAAAGCAAGACAGAUUAAGAAAGACGACUUUUACAAAUUUGAUUGGAUACUUGGAAUGGAUAGUGCAAUUACUUAUGAUCUAUGUCAGAUGCAACCAGAAGGUAGUCAAGUAAAAAUCGAACUCCUUGGAAAGUAUGAUCCAAAUGGAGAAUUGAAUAUACGAGACCCGUUAUUUGAUCAUAACAGUGCUGGCUUUGAAAAAGCGUUUGAACAAGCUACAAGAAGUAUACAAUCAUUUUUAAAACAUCACACAGGUAUAUUUUUGUACCAUGAUGUUUGUCACAAAUUUUUUUUGAGUGAUAUAUUAAUCACAACGUAAAUUUUCUUUAUAGAUAUUGCAACUGAAGAAUCAGAUUAAUUGUGAUUAAUUAAUAUGUUAUAGUUCAAAUGAAAGUUAUUUAUCAAAAAUAAAAUAAAUGUGA